AUGACCGCUACAGUCGAUCCAACGUACCCUCUCUAUCCCGUUGUCUGCAUCAUAGCCGCGGUGAUGCUGCUAUGUGUCCUUCUCACCAGUUUCAUCCGGCAGAGCUGGAACCUCGGCGUCGUCUUCUUGUGUUUUUGGCUGUUCUUUGAGAACCUCGCUGGAGCUAUAAACGCACUCAUCUGGGCCGACAAUGCCGAUAUCAAGCUCUAUGUGUACUGUGACAUAGUGUCACAUCUGGGAAUGAUCACUUCUGUCGUCAAACCCAUGGCAACGUUGAUCAUAACACGCCGACUGUACACGAUUGUCAACCUACAAUCAGUAACACCUCCAGACAAGGCGGCGAGAGCAUGGGAUAGGGCGAUUGAGUGGACAUUGGGCCUAGUGAUACCCUUACUAGUUGCGGGACCUCUCUACUACGUAGUCCAGGGAUAUCGCUUCCAGGUGCUGGAGGGUUUUGGCUGCCAGAAUGCUCCCGACGGCUCAAUACUCGCCGUCCUACUCAUCAACUCGUGGGAUAUCAUACCUCCCCUGAUCUCCACCGUCUUCUACUUUCCCAGAGUGGCUCGAAUUUUCUAUCGACAAAGUCGGGACGUCAAUCACUUCUUGCACAGCAACGACUCCGUGUCGCGCACCAACUACUUUCGCAUCCUUGUGCUCGCCAGCAUCGAUAUCCUCCUCACUCUGCCCAUAGGCAUCGCGACCAUCACUUUGUUUCUAGUAGGACAAAAAAAUACAGGCUUCCUUCGCUUCUACAACGGGUUUACCUUCGACCAUACCGCUUGGGGACCCCACAGAGUCAGCUUCGCGGAGAUAGUCCAUCUAGGUGCCUUCAACGUCGGGCAACUAUACUUCAUUCACUGGACGUCACCUAUACUUGCCUUCGCCAUUUUCGGUCUCUUCGGCAUAACCCCGGAAGCUCGCGCGUCCUACUGGCGCCUCAUCUGCGUCGUCUGUGGUUGGUUCGGCUGGGAGCCGACGCCAAAGACACGUACAGCCAGUGCACAGCUAGGGGAGAUGCGGUUUGGCGAGCGACCUCGGCGUCAAGACAUAUCUCUCACGUUCGAUCUGGAAUCGCAACCAAGUGUACUCGACGGGCCUCAUACUCGAGAUAACGAGCAUGAGAAGGAGAAAACCAACAGCAACAGUGCGACGAAUGAGAUAGAGUUCGGGAAGGACAAAGAAGAUCAAGGAAGUACAUCGAGUCCUACGGAACACUCGCGCGCAUGA